AUUGUGUCUUGCCUCUUCUUAUUACUCCUCUUUCUACACGAUGGAACAAGACCCAAAUCCAUUCCUCCGCCAUUGCAAAGGUCAAAGCAACAACUCUGGCAGCUCUCGUCCUCUCAUUCCUGGCCCGGCUGGCGCCAUCCAGGCUGCCAUGUAUGCCCGUAGAUCCACCCCUAACACACCACUCAUUCCGACCCAGGAAAUCGUGAGGCGUGUGCUAGAUCAUGGAUCAACCGAAACCGAUCCUGAUUUCAACUCACAUGCUUGGCUAUCAGCCCUGCAAGAGUGGGGAAUAGCCACUCCGCUGGGCUCUCUGACAGCGAACGUUGAGAGGGUGGAGAAUGUUGUUGCUGUUAUCAAAUCUUGCACUCCCAAUGGGUUUGGAGAUGCGAAAGUUACCCUCAAGGACCCCACGGGUGCUGUUGAUGCUAGCAUCCACCGCAAGGCAUUUACUCACAGUGAAUUUGCGAAUGACAUAACUGUUGGAUCUGUUCUCGUUCUCCAAAAGGUUGCUGUGUUUGCACCUAGAGGAACUGUUUGUUAUCUUAAUAUAACAUUGCCCAACCUAGUGAAGGUAUUCCCAAAAGAUUGCGGACCCCAUGACUUCAUCGAUAUCACAGAGGAAUAAUUUUGUUUUCGGUGUUGCUUAUGUUUAAUUUGGUUGUGUAACCGUUUAACUUAUUGUCAUGGAUUACUACAUGCUUUGAAUUAUUUAUAUGUUGUCGUUGUUUCUGUUUUUUUCAUUAUAAGAGUCAUAAUAUUAAGACU